UUAUCUGUUCCAGAUGUACCGCGUUCAAUAAUGUUUCGUGGACGACAGUUGCAUUGAGACUGAAGAACGAGAUGAAGAAGUGGAUCUUAGUGGUUAUAGGUCUGGGUGUGGCCAGUUGCACUGUCGACCAUGUAAGGGUUUCACAGAACGAGUUUGACAUACCCGAUUUGGGAGAAAUUUGUUCGAACUUGAAUCUUGAAGGGGUUAGUGAAAAAUGUGCAGAGCAGCUGGAUGUUGUUUGUGCGAAUGUAACAUUGUUGACGACCAUCUUGGACGCUUCCUCAAAAUUUCCGUAUCCAGGCUUAGGCUUCGCCUCAAAACUGAACUACGGCAACUUCGAUCAGUGCCUUACAGUCGAUCACACUUACGAAGGAGGGAGGAUUUUGGGAAAGUACUGCACUGUAGGUUUAGUAAUUCCUGACGUAAACGACAACAUAUCCGACCCAACCACGUUCUACAGACUGUCAAUGUGUAGACCUGACGCUUGUAACGCCAGUGAUUUUAACGCCAUGGCCCAGAACAUGAUUGAAGGGUUUCCGGAACUUUUCCAAGACAUCAUGUGCCAGACAACGGAAACUAAUAGUACCCUCAGUCCUGGUAGUAUUGCCGUAGUUGCCAUAUUUGGUUUCUUUAUAUGGCUUAUGGUCAUCUCAACAACAUAUGACAUUUAUAUCCACCAGAGCCAUCUUGAACACCAUCAUCCCUUAUUAGUAUCAUUUUCCGUCCUUUCGAACGGUAGAAAAUUGCUGCACAUUUCGAGGCAUUCCAACAAUAAGGAGCAUAUCGAGCCAUUCAACGGACUGAGGGUGAUCAGCAUGAUGUGGAUCGUGGCUGGCCAUGGAUUCGUGGGGUGGCAGGGUGUGUCAGUAACGGACAGGAAUAGGGUGAACAACUGGCUGGAUAAUUUUUAUGCGGUGUAUAUUUCUCCAUCGCAUCUCGCUGUGGACACGUUUUUCUUCAUGUCUGGGUUCUUGCUGGCCUUCCAGUAUUUGAAAAGAAAGGGAAAACCGUUGGUAAAUCAAAUAUUGUCCGUGCCGCAGAUGUACUUACAUCGUUAUUUAAGGCUUACUCCAGCAAUGCUUAUGUUAUAUCUAGUCGCUAUCACUUUUUUUAAAAACAUGGGAGAUGGACCUUUGUGGUUGAGUACCAACGAGUUGGUAGCAACUUGUCGGAAGUAUUGGUGGCCAUUCUUCCUUUAUAUCCAAAAUUACUAUAACUACGACGAUUUGUGUCUCACCCAAACGUGGUACUUAUCCGUAGACAUGCAGAUGUUUAUAUUAUCCCCAAUACUGAUGAUACCCCUAGCCGUUAUUUUGAGAGACUCCUUUAAAUUUCUAAUGUCCAUGUUUCUCCUGCUCGCUUUGAACAUUUUCUUCACCUUCAUGCCCAUGGUAAUUAAAUUAAUUUUCCCGGAAUACGAUAACGAAUAUGAUACUCACUCGAGACUGAUAAACUACGGUGUUGGCAUUAUGCUUGGAACGUUUAUGAGGGAGAAAAUCGACAAGCCGUUUUUGUACGUAAUCAAGGAAAAAGCCAAGCAUCUUACAAACUUGGCUAUAUGGGCAGUGAUCAUUCUCGGAUUGUUGGCUUCGUUGAUAUCUUACCAGUUGGUUGAAAUGGGAAAGGAUACCACCACUAUAAAUGUGUUCCAGUCACUUGUGCGUCCGGCUUGGUGUAUCGGAUUAAGCUGGGUAACAUAUUCUUGCUAUCACGGAUAUGGAGGUUUUGUGAACUGGAUACUGUGUAGACCAAUCUAUCAAGUCCUAGGGAGACUCACCUACUCUAUAUACUUAGUCCAUGGAUUAGUAAUAGCCUACUAUGUUCUAGUGACAAAGGUGUCGUGGCAUUUUACAGAUUACAAUGCCUUUUACAUAUUCUGUGGGCAUUACGUAAUGUCUAUACUUGUGGCAGUUUUCUGGACACUGGCUUUUGAGUCGCCUUUGAUUAUAAUUGAAAAGUUUUUGAUGGGAGGAGGUAGAAAACCUAGAACUGUUAAACAAGACGUACCACAAAGUGAAAGUGCUCCUCCCAUUCAGAAUGUCCAGCAAGAAUUUCGGAAAAGUUCCGAACAUAAUGGAACUAAGGAGGAUCCUCCUGGGAAUGUAGAAGGUGGAGAGAUGUAUAAAAGAAAUAAUCACGUUUAUUGAUAUUAUAAAACUGUACUGAAUUUUGUUUGUAUUGCUAAAAAUAUAUUUAUACUUCAUUUAUUAAUAGAAAG